AUGGCAUCUUUUCGUUCCAUUUCUGAUGUUUCAACAGCGUCGUUCUUCAAUUGCAGUCACACCUUUUAUUUCUUUACUCCCUUUUCUUUUCUUUGUCGCUUUUCACUUUACUUCUUUUUCUUCUUCUUUUUCGCUGUUUCCUUUUCUUCCUUUUCACUUUGUACGUAUCUUUGCUUCGCUUUUUUACAUUUUUCUUCUUCUUCUUUACUUUUUACUUUUUUUUUAUUCGGUUUUUACUGUUUUUCCUUCUUCGCUUUUAACUUCCCCACUUUGCUUUUUACUUUUCUUCUUCGCUUUUUACUUUUCCUUCCUUCCUUCAUCUUCGCAUUUUUGUUUAGUUUUAAUUUCUCUUCGUUUUUUUUUUUUACAUUGUACUGUCUAUUUCCCCUUUUUAUUUCUUUUUUUACUUCUUCGCCUUUUUCUUCUUCGCUUUUUACUUUUUCAUCUCUUAUUUUCUUUAUUUUAAUUUUUUGUCUCCUUCGCCAUUUUACUUUUCUUCUGCACAUUUUUUUGUUUGAUUUCCUUGUUUUUUUAGUUUUUCUUCAAUCUCUUCUUUCAUUCAUUUUUUUUCUAUUUAUUUUUUAUCGUUCCCUUUUUUUACUUCCAACUCUUACUCCUCCAUCUAUUUGGUCGUCUGCUUCUUUUCUUUCAUCUAUAUUGUACAAGUACCGUUUCUUUUCUUCUUACCACGACAACAUUCGACUUGAAAAAAUCGGACUUGAAAAAUUCACACGCUCUACAUUUGGUCGGUCGACACAAGCGGGCCUCCCUCACUCAUUCCCGAUUCACCGCUACCCACCCUUUUCUGACUACCACAAAACCACCAGUCUCCGUGCCUCUCAUCCCCAACUCAUAUUCUCACCAACUCAAUCCCGACUCUCAUCUUCCUUUUCUACCAAUCUCUCUCUCUCUCUCUUUCUCUCUCUCUCUCUUCCCCUGCAAACCACCAUGCAGGAACUGGGCAUUUUUUCUCCAGAGAAACAGAAGAAGAAAAAGAAGUUCUGCAAAAGAGGCAUUUCGCAAAAAGCAGUCCACCCCCACCGCUGUUCCCAUCUUUCUUCUUCUCCAUUUGCAUUUUCACCCUUUCCUUCAUUUCAUUUCUAUUCUUUCUCUUCCUUAUAUUUUCAUCCUGCAUUUCAUCCCAAUUUUCUCCUUUUCAUCCAUCUGUGUUUUCCUAUGAACUUCUCCAAUUUUUUCUCGUUUCUAUUCCUGUUCCAUUCUGCUGAUAAUAUUUUCUUUUUUUAUUUCUCUCCUUUUAAUAAUCAUUUAUUUUCUAGUUACUACAACUUCCGAUAUUCUUGA